GCCUGUGAUGUGGAUGGCUGAUUUCAGCACAGGAAAGGAAACAUCAUGUAAAAGACGAGUAAAACACACAGCGCGUUCUGCCUGUUAAGCACUUUGAGUUGCACGUGGCUCUCUGCGGUUGAGAGAGAGAGAGAGAGAGAGAGAGAGAGAGAGAGAGAGAGAGAGAGAAGCGGAGAAGCAAGGGAAUACGUGACAGUGUAAAUCUUGCGAAAAGAACGUGGCAGACAUUUAUACCAUGCAGGUGAAUGAUCGCCCCAGCAGUCACCCCAUUUUUGUGACUCCUGUCAAUGGAAAUGCUCAGCGGUCAUCAGGAUAUGCUCCAGGCAGGAUUGUUCCAGUUCGUUCUCCACCCCCAGCCAAGGGUCCUCCACCACCCCCAAUGAAGCACCUGGCCCCGCCCCCUGCACAGCCUUCAGUUUUUAAUCUGUCGGAAGAUGAGAGCAGGAGGGAACGCAACCAGAAAAGGAAAAAUACUUAUAUCUGUUCUGGCAUCUUCUUUGGGCUGUUGCUCCUGAUUCUCAUACCCAUCCUCAGUCUUGCCUCCAAAGAUGUUUUGGAUGAGAACUGCCCUCAUCACAACCCUGUGCUGCAGACCUGGAACCCAGGCCAUGAUCCCAAAAAGAUGGUGGUUGUACACAGUGGUGAGCAUUAUUGCUUGGCUGCAUCUGCCACCCUGCACUCAAUCACCAUCCAGUCUGGAGGUUCAGUUGUUUUUGCCGAUGAUAAAUUCGGCUCCAAAAACAUUACAUUACGAACGCGCCACAUUUUGGUUAAAGAUGGUGGUUCUCUUCAUAUUGGGGCUCCAAAAUGCCGCUAUCGCUCCCUGGCCACCAUUACCCUGGUUGGCCGCUCAGACGAGACUGCUGUGGCCGAGGUUCCAGGGAUGGGACGCAAAUUUUUAGGUGUGAAUGGCGGAGGUACUCUGGAGCUCCACGGAUCUGAGAGGCUCUCCUGGACCCUCCUCACUCGCACUGUACCCUCUUCGGGCCUGGUUAUGGGUGGCUAUGCCUUCCAUAGGAACUUCAGCCGUGGAAUUAACCUGCGGGUGGUUGAUCAGGAUACGGCGCGAGUGCUGUACAAGGAGCGUUUCGAUACACAUGAGUCUUAUAACGACAGUAAGAGGCUGAGUGACCUGCUGAAGUUGUUGCCUCCAGGAUGCAUUGUUGCACUGGCCACCGGAGAUUCAGCAGUGAAGAGCCUACUGGAUGAAACCAAGAGGACCAUCCAGGAUCUUCUUGGAAGCAACCACAUCAACGAUCUCAAAUACAGGCAGGCAUGGGCAUUGGUCUCUGUCAUAGGUGGCGGGAAUGGUUCUUGCACGGAAGAUGUAAGAGAACAUGAGAACCAUGACACAGGUGGCAAAGCACUGGCUCGUCGAGACUUUUUCACAGUGGAUGGAGAUCGAUUCAGUGUUUCUGCGUACAGUGAGUGGCGAAAUGGUUACCCUAUAUCAGGCUUCCAAGUGGAUGCAGUGGAUAAAGUGGUUCUGAACCUGCUAGAUGAUGUCAGCAGCUGGAAACCAGGUGAUCGGAUUGUGGUGGCGAGCACAGACUACUCUAUGCAUCAGGCCGAGGAAUUCACGCUACUCCCCUGUCCCCACUGUAACAGGAAACAGGUCAGAAUUCAAGGAAAACCUCAGUUCACUCACGUGGGAGAGAUACUGGACGGUGUGGACAUGCGUGCGGAGGUGGCUCUCCUCUCAAGGAAUAUCCUUAUUCAUGGAGAAAUGGAAAAGUCCUGCUAUGGAAAAAACUGGUGCCAGUUCUUCAGCCACGACACUUUCGGGGGACACAUCAAGAUUAUGGGGAACUUCUCGUCAGUACACUUGUCUCAGGUGGAGUUGAAGCACAUGGGUCAGCAGCAGGAGAAGGGUAAAUACCCUGUGAACUUUCACAUGUGUGGAGAUGUGGACCAGCGUGGGGGCUACAGUGACCCCACCUAUGUGGACUCCCUCUCCAUACAUCACUCCUUCUCCCGAUGCGUCACUAUACAAGCCACCAACGGCCUGCUGGUUAGGGACACGGUUGGCUACGAUACGCUUGGACAUUGUUUUUUCCUGGAGGAUGGGAUUGAACAAAGGAACAUGUUUUUCCACAACCUUGGCUUGUUGACCAGGCCGGGAACCAUUCUACCUACUGACCGCAAUGAUAGCAUGUGCAUGGAAAUUACAGACCGAGUACACAAAGGCUAUAUACCAUCUCCUGCAAACGAGUGCAAGGCAGUGUCUACGUUUUGGAUUGCCAACCCCAAUAAUCAUUUGAUCAGUAACGCAGCAGCUGGCUCACAGGAUGCAGGGAUUUGGUACGUCUUUCACAACUCUUCUACAGGUGACGCUCAUGGACUGGUUCCAGAGACCAAAUCUGAGCUUACACCUCUGGGCAUUUUUUAUAACAACCGAGUUCAUUCUAACUUUAAGGCUGGUCUCUUUAUCGAUAGAAAAGUCAAGAGCACCAAUGCCACGGCAGCAGACCCACGUGAAUACCGCUGUUUGGACAACACCGCCAGGUUCAGGCCUCAUGAGAACUCUGAUCCAAACAGGCCGCGAGUGUCCGCUCUCAUCGACAAACUCAUCUCCUUUAAGAACAAUGAUCUGGGGGCCUGGAUCCGAGGAGGUGACAUCAUUAUACGAAACUCUGGAUUUGCAGACAAUGGUGUUGGACUCUCAUUUGCAAGUGAUGGCAGCUACCCUAAAGAUGAGGGCUCCAGUCAGGAGGUCUCCCAGUCUCUGUUUGUUGGUGAAAGCAGAAAUCGGGGCACCAACGGAGGGCAAAAUAAAUACUGGGGCAUCAGUGGAGUGGACGGAAAGAUGAGGACUCUUCCAAGAAACAAGACGUUUCCAAUUAGAGGUUUUCAGAUAAAUGAUGGUCCAGUGAGGAUCAUAAACAGCACAUAUCGAGCCUUCAGCUCGACAGCAGAGCGCUAUACCAUGGCUGUGGGUUUCAGCCUGAAAAACAUCUGGCAACUGACACCCAGAAAUAGCCUGUCCUUUCUCGCCUUCCACCCGAGUGUGACUCAGAGAACGUUUUUUGGGCGCCCAGGCGAGUGGUUUGAGCAGAAUGAUCUGGACGGUGAUAAAAACUCAAUCUUUCAUGACCUGGAUGGUUCAAUCUGCAAUUACACAGACACGUACGUGGGGAGAGCCGACAACUUCCUGAUUCGCCAUCCUCAGUGUGUGGAUGUUCCUCAUUGGAAUGGGGUUGUGUGUAGUGGCAAGUACUCUCAGGUGUACUUACAGACACAGGGUGCAUCUAAUCUCAGCCUCUCCAUUAGCAGAGAUGAAUACCCUGAUAAGCCCAUGGUGCUGAGAGGCAUCAGAAGCCAGACAGCAUCAUCCCAGCAAUACCAACCUGUUCUGAUGAUGGGCAAGAGCUACACGGUGCACUGGAAUGGACCUGCACCGAGAGAAAUAGUCCUUUCACUUAUUAACUUUGACCAGGGUGACUGGGCUCUGCUUGGUCUCUGCUACCCCAAUGAUACAAUCUUCCAGAUCACAUCAGACAUCUACAACAAGCAAAACAACAGCUUUGAUGGCAUAGAGGACUACAGCCCUGUUUCAUCCAUGUCAGAUCUAGAGAAACGACAGCUGGAUAGGAAGUUCUUUUUCGACAAAACUGUUGGCUUGGUAUGGCUGUUUGUACAAGCACGACACAGACGAGACGGCCACAGCUACUGCUCCACCAUGGGCUGUGAGAGAGUGAAGAUCAUCGCUACCGUUCGUGCCAACCAAAAGACACAGACAUGCAACUGCACUGCCAGUGCCUACCCCAAAUACAGCAAGACUGCCAAUGCCAUAGUGCCUAUGCCAAAGCCAAACACAGAGACCUGCAGAGCCUGUGGGGCCUCACAGUUUGCCUUCUCCAGCGAUCCGUGGAACAGCUACCUCCAAACCCAGAUCAAAUCCCUCUGUGUACAAGAGGAACAGAGUGACACACAAGCCUAUAUCACUGUGAAUGCAGAAAGAUUUGACCUCAACCAGUCUGGGUUUCUCUUGGUUACUGUGGACGCAUGCUCUGGACAAGUCACAAAGAGCUCAUUGUUUCCCAAGAUGGACUCUAAAAUGGAACAUUAUUUCAAAUCUGGAAUUAUGAAGAGAUCAAUUGUUCUUCUCGCCACAAGAGGUCAGCCUGCUGACAUUGCUGCUGUUGCACAAUAUCUGGUCCCUUUGGGAUCCGCUAAAGUGCCAGAUCUUCAGAAUAAAGAGGCCAUUGCUUUCUAUGGGUUCCUCGGCCAGGGAGGUCUUUCACCACAGCCAUGGGCUACUCUUUUAUCCUGCCAAAGUGAUGGGGUGCUGGGCUUACAGGAAAGGUUCAUUCCUCUGUCCUUAGAGGAAUAUUCUUGUCCACCACAAAAAGACCCUCCUACGCGGAUGGAUCUAGAACUCCUGAGAAAUUAUCUUCGCCAAAAAUGAGCCUUUACCAGAUGUGAACAAACAACACAACCAAUGAAUGAAUGAAUGUGAACUUAUUAACUGAAUUUAUUUUGUCAAAAGAAAGUGUUAGGAUUAGUAUUGUAUUAAGCAAAUGAAUGUAUUUGUGUCUGUUUGUGCCUUGUGUGGUUGGUCAAAUGUUACAGCACAAAUUGAUGCACUUUUUUACAAUACAUGCAAAACACCUUUAAUUCAAACUGCAUACAAAAUUGACAGGGCAUGGUUAGAAAUGUUGAAAAUUCAAUACCCCAAGUACAGCACAAUACAGAACAGGACAUUUGGUGAUUGUUCCAACAAUUUGCUUGUGUAUUACUGCCGCAUAAAUGGUUCAUUGUCUUUGAUUAAACAGAAGAACACUGAUUCUUUUUCAGGUUAUUUAUUCCUCUUAUUUUUUUAAUGGGGUAUGUCACUAUUUAAUUGUGUCAUAUUGAAAGGGCUAUUAACUCUCAAAUUUCACUGCUGCUAACAGCAAUGACUGUGCACUGUUUACUUUCACAGUAGAUGAUUUCAGGUAGUUAAGUGCUUUCAAGUGUUAGACUUCCAUUAUUCAGGUUUCAUUCACAACAUGAAGCUUUCAAUACAUGUUAAAUAUUUUCAGAAAAAAAUAAACCAUUGUCUGUUGUUAGGUAGCAUAUUUUAAAGGUGUUUAAACAGUUAGCAACUGAAAUGGAAGAUUUCUGUUUGUCAUUGGGCUACUUUCUGUUUAACAGCGGAAAUCCCACCAAACAUUUAUAUGGCGUAAAAUGGUAAUGCCCAUUAAAACUUGUCUGUCUUUAUAGUGUUGCUUGAGAAAUACAGUAUAACAUCCCAUAUGAAAUGUAAUCUUGUCAUUAUUGUGUUUGCUAUGGAGGCCUUAGUGGUCCGGACAUGACUGUUUUGAUUUGAGAUGAAUUAGUUGCUUGUUAAUAGUUUAAAAGAUUUAAUGGUAGUUGGAAAGUCUUUUGAUACAAUACACACAAAUGGCCGUUGAUUUUUGUAAAGUGUUAAUUAAAGUGAUGUAAAGAUGCAGUUGUUCGUAUAUGUUUUUUUUCCCUCAGAAAUGUUUUAUUUGUAAAUGUCAAUUUCCCCUUUUGUACUUGCCAAGCAUUGUGUCGUUAUUUGAUAUUCUGAAAUUCAUAUAUUAAAAAGCUUUUAA